CCGGCAGGCAGAAGAGCGGCCCGAGCCCCGCCCCAGCCACGCCCCUCUCCACCGUGCAGUGCGCCGGCGCAGAACCUCUGACRCCAGCCCAAGCCCCACCCCCUUGGAGAGCGACCAUUGGCCUCGGGGACGGGGCUUGGGCACAAGAUGGCCGCUGCGCGCCCGGAGCACCCGAGUCCGAGCUCACGGAUCCCAGAGUCGCGAUCCCUGGAGCCGCCGGACCUGGUCCUGGCACCUGAUGAUGGCCGCCCCGCCACACCCCCAAGUGACCUCAUCGAGAUCCAGGUGGUGAAGGUCACAGAUACCUCCCUGGUACCAGAGCCACCAGAGCCAGGUUCUUUCCACUGUGCCUUGUGUCCAGCUGCCUUCCGACUGGUCUCCGAGCUGCUGUUCCAUGAACAUGGCCACCUGGCAGGCGCGGAUGGGGGCGGGCAGGGUGGGGACCCAAGCCGGUGUCACGUGUGUGGUCACAGUUGCCCAGGUCCCGCCAGCCUCCGUGCUCACUACAGCUUACACACGGGGGAGCGGCCCUACCGCUGCCCGCUGUGCCCGCGGGCCUUCAAGGCCUUAGCGCCACUGCUCCGGCACCAGCACCGACAUGGGCUAGAGCCAGGCACCUCCCGCAGGCCUCCGCAAGCCGCAGCAGCUGGAGAGCCAAGCCCAGGGGUGCCGCAGGAGAGGUCAGAGGUGGUGAUGGCCGCUGCGGCUGCAGGCGCGGCGGUGGGGAAGCCCUUCGCUUGCAGGUUCUGUGCCAAACCGUUCCGCCGCUCCUCAGACAUGCGAGACCACGAGAGGGUGCACACCGGCGAGCGCCCGUAUCACUGCGGCAUCUGCGGCAAGGGUUUCACGCAGUCCUCGGUGCUGAGCGGCCACGCCCGCAUCCACACUGGCGAGCGCCCUUUCCGCUGCACCCUCUGCGAUCGCACUUUCAACAACUCCUCCAACUUCCGCAAGCACCAGCGCACCCACUUCCAUGGGCCGGGGCCUGGGUUGGGAGACUCUGGGAGCCAGUUGGGCUCACUGGUGGCUGAAGGGUCAGGGAGUGGGUGCGGGACAGAUAGCACUCUGGAAGAGGGGCAUGGGGAAAUGGUGAAGGUGAAGGUGGAAGUUGACCAGUAGGCUGGGAGAGCAGGACUGGGGGUGAUAAUUCUGGAAGUAGAAGGCAGAUUGCAGGGGAGGGUGUGGGCAGAAAGAGACAGGGGCAGAGCAGGGAGGUAGUGAGCUGCUGGUGUUGGAGCAGAAGGAGAGUACCAAGGUUGUGGACUCCCAGAGACCCACACUGCACCUAGGUGAGAGGCCACAGGAGGGGUAGUGCAGCCCUGUGUGUGCCCAGGUGAACAUGAUACCAUGGGAAGCAUUUCACUGCCCUGUUUGCAUUCUUGUUAGGUUGUCCUUGGGCAAAAUGUAGCCUGUAACAGAACCUGGACACUAAAAAAUGGGAGCCAGGGUCAAGUGGAAGGUGGGAAAAUCUCAUCCACCAUGUUGUUCCUGGUCUAGGCCUUCUGCAGAGUGCUGGACUAUUUGGGGCUCCCUAAGGUGGACGGUGGUGGAAUCUUUUCCUACCUCACUGUAUUGCACUGGACUUGAGUUGCCUACAAACCCCCAGGCAGAAGAUGUCCACCACUUACUGGCCCCUUUCUGAAGCUUUAGGCUUAGAGCCUGUGGUCCAACACGUCUGCAAAGAAGCCUCAGGCUUCUCUACUUUCCUCCACUCUGAAUUUGAAGCAGUUUAUUGCCUAGUCCCAGGCAGUCCCAAGGAUGGACUAGCUAAUGGCAGCAUGGCCUUCUGGCGGCACUGUGGAAUAAGAGGACUUGAAAGCUGGAGGUGGGAAACCUCCAGUCUGUUCCUAUUAAAGGACUUGAUGAAGGGUUUCUCUUUGUCAGUCUUGUGUUUGGGUUGUCUUCUUUGAGGAAGUGGGGGA